UUUGUAUACAUAUAUAUAUAUAUAUAUAUAUAUAUAUAUAUAUAUUUAUUUUUUACAUAUUUUAAUCGUAAAUUACCAAACGUAAAAAGAAAAAAAAAAGAAAAAACAUGAUGGUCGCUAUAAAAAUCUCUAUCUUCGUUUUAUCGUUGGUCCUCUUCGAAGCUGUUAACGGCGAACGAAUCAGAAUUGCGGAUUAUAAAGAAAAUGACUCGGACAUCGAAAUGUCGCUAACUAAAGGGGAAAAUGAAAGAUCAAAUUUACUAUUGAAACGUCUAAAACGCGUGUCCGAUCAGAGAUUGGCGGAGCUCGAGACACUUUACGCCCUUAAUAAAAUAAAUAUCGUAACUUCGACUGGCCGAUCUGCUUAUAUUAAAAUAAAUCCGGUAUUAAUAGGACGACGAAAACGAAGUACUCGUGAGAAUUUUUACGAAACAAAAAGAAUCGAUCGACGUACAAGCGAAUCGAUCAACGAUGAAAUCCUGAUUAGAUGAUUUCAUUUUGCAAUUGAGGGUCACUGAGAGAAAUUGAGGAAAGGGACACUCCUCGAUAGAAUAAAAGGAAUAUAUAUAUAUAUAUAUAUUUUUUUAUAGAAUCGUCGGAAACGAUCUAUAAUUAUCUAACAAGCGGUAUUAAAUUUGGGACACCUGUGUUACGGAUCGAAUGGACACUUUUUUUAUAUAAUUUUUAUAAAAAAAGAACGCUUUACUAAUUUAUUUAUUAUCUGCGAACUAAUAUUCAUCCAAAAAUCACCUCACCCCCAUUUUUCCCGCUCCCUAACCCCCCACCCUCUUUCUUCUACAGUAUUUAUAAUAAAUAACAUAAUUAAGUAAUCCAAAGGAGAAUUUGUAAAAGGAGCAAAUUUUUCGAUAAGUACUUUUUGAAUGUAAGGACGAAUGAAAUGUAAAUAAAAAGAAAAAGCUUAAUGUAACAUUAAAAUUGUAUCUAAUUAACAUCUUAAAUUAAAUGAUUAUCAUUAAACGAACUUUAAUAUAAAAUUAAUAUAUUUAUAUAUUUAAUAUAAAACUCACCAAAAAGUAUGGACGUGACGUGAUAUCAAGUAUAUCCAUCUACGAUGGAAAAUUUGAAAUUCGUAGCGUGAGAAAUGGCGGACACAUUUUUCGCGCGAAAUACUUCCUUCGGAAUUUGAACCAUCGGAUGACAAAAUGGUGAAGACGUUGAUUUCUUCAAUUGAUUCCUUCUUUUCUUUAUCCUCCAUAGUCUUUGACACUUUAGGGUUAUGCGUAUAAAUAUCAAAUCGAUUGUAUAAAAAUGAAUAAAAAUAUUGAC